CGAUGAGCCCGAGCUGGUACCAGUGGCCACUGGCCAACCAACGUGCAUGCGUACUUGUCUCUCCACUGUGAAGCGUGAACCCAUCAAAUCCUUUCUGGGAACGUCUGCAUUGGCAUUAUAAUACGACCUUCCUUGUUUCAAUUGUGGAUUUACUCUUGCAGUUUGUUGUCGUUUGAAAUAUCAGCGCGUGUCAUAAGCCACCCAGGAGGGAAGGCUACAUUUUAUGCCAAGUGAAUCGCAUUCUGCGCGGUGUAUAUUUUUGUCAGGUCUGAUAUAUCCGAUCUCAAGCCGACAACUUUCAUCAACACACGAGUUGAGUGGAGGAGCACAUUAAUGCAUACAGUACACGGACCUACUUGCCAUAAGGACAUCUGUCAGAAUCCGAAUAAUGUUUUUGCAGUGAUUGUUUUGGUAUCAUUUACCACACGUCCACUGUUGCCAGUCUAUCUAGCACCAGAGUAGCCAAAGUAACGCUUUUUAAAAACGAUUGAAUGAGCCCAGUUGUUUAGAGAAUUCUAGAAAAAUAUGGGAAGCACAGCAAAUGACUCCAAGAAGAGAGACGUGAAGACACCUAGAAAGAAGAGGACGCUUCGAUUGAACAUGCCCGACCUCGGCUCGUUUGCCAUGCCCUUCUUGGAGGGAGAUGCCGACCAUGUGGACAAGGCCGACAUACAGAAGGAUGAUGGGAGUUGCCACUCAGCCAGCCCGACCAAAGGCUUCUUCACGAGGGGGCCCUUCAGUCGGCCCUCCAGUCCCAAGUCGGCCCCUGCUAGGACCAAGAACAGCCCGGGCUCCCCCAAAACCAUCUUCCCCUACCCUUCGUCCCACCAGGAGUCCCCACCCAAGUCGCCUCGUCGCCUGAGCUUCAGCGGCAUCUUCCGUUCCUCCUCCAGAGACUCUAACUCCACCUCUCCCGUCAGCAUCAAGCUCUUCUCCAGGGCCAGGAAAGCCUCCGGGAUCUCCUCGCCCCCCUCAACUCCUCCGACGCAGGCCGCCAAGCAGCCGCCGCCGUUCCCGCUGGAGGCCUAUCGGAGCGAGCCGGAGAGGCUGGAGGCACGGAUGCACUCCUACUCAUCCCCGCCGGACACCGGGCAGCGCUUCAGUCUACGCUGCUCCAAGCCACCCAUGACUCCCUCCGCCCCCAUCGCUAACUCACGAUCACGACCAGUCCACGGUUUAGCUGAAGGCAUGCUGGAGAAACUUGAUCUAGAAGAUGAAGCUUUUGAAGAAUCCGAAAGUGAUAUCUACAUGCGCUUUAUGAAGUCACACAAGUGCUACGACAUUGUUCCUACCAGCUCUAAGCUGGUGGUUUUUGACACUACUCUGCAGGUAAAAAAGGCCUUCUUCGCCUUGGUUGCCAACGGGGUGCGGGCAGCCCCACUAUGGGAGACAAAGAAGCAGAGCUUUGUCGGAAUGUUAACCAUCACAGACUUCAUCAACAUCCUCCACAGAUACUACAAGUCUCCCAUGGUACAAAUAUACGAGCUGGAGGAACAUCAGAUUGAAACAUGGAGAGAGCUCUACCUACAAGAAACCUUUAAGCCGUUAGUGAACAUAUCACCUGAUGCAAGCAUAUUCGACGCGGUGUACUCGCUCAUCAAGAACAAGAUCCACCGGCUGCCCGUCAUCGACCCAGUCAGCGGCAACGCGCUUUAUAUCCUCACGCACAAGAGGAUCCUCAAGUUCCUCCAGCUCUUCGUGUGCGAGAUGCCCAAGCCUGCCUUUAUGAAGCAGACUUUGGAGGAACUAACCAUCGGGACCUACCACAACAUCGCCUUCAUCCACCCCAACACACCCAUCAUCAAGGCCCUCAACAUCUUUGUGGACCGGAGGGUGUCCGCACUGCCAGUGGUGGAUGAGUCAGGAAAAGUAGUGGAUAUCUAUUCCAAGUUUGAUGUCAUUAACCUUGCUGCUGAGAAGACCUACAACAACCUGGACAUCACGGUGACCCAGGCUCUGAGGCAUCGCUCACAGUACUUUGAGGGCGUCAUGAAGUGCAACCGGCUCGAGACACUGGAGACCAUCGUGAACAGGAUAGUCAAAGCAGAGGUCCACAGGCUGGUUGUGGUGGAUGAGAAUGCCCGGAUCGUGGGCAUCGUGUCCCUGUCGGACAUCCUGCAGGCCCUGGUGCUCACCCCUGCAGGUAUUUGCAGGAAGAACAGCCAACCACAACCAGAAUCAGAGGCACCACCAGCAACGUUAGUAGAGGCAGAACCAGAGGUAGAGGUAGCAGCAGAUACAGAACUACAGGAAGAAGCCGAAGCAGAGGCACCACCAGAGAUGUUAGUAGAGGCAGAGGUAGAGGUAGCAGCAGAUACAGAACUACAGGAAGAGACCGAAGCAGAGGCACCACCAGAGAUGUUAGUAGAGGCAGAACCAGAGGUAGAGGUAGCAGCAGAUACAGAACUACAGGAAGAGACCGAAGCAGAGGCACCACCAGAGACUGAGGAACCACCAGAAACAUUGGUAGAGGUAGUGGUGGCUGAACCAGCGACUGAGGUAGAAGUUCUAGUGGAAGCUGAGGUGGUGGUGGAAGCUGAAGCAGAGGUAGAAGGUAAGACUGAGGCUGAGGUGGUGGUGGAAGCAGAAAUCAAGACCGAGGUAGUGGAGGUUAAGGGUGAAACUGAGGCAGAGAUGGAGGCUGAGGUGGAGAUUAAGGCUGAAACCAAGGCAGAGGAAGUAGAGGUUAAGGCUGAGGCUGGGGUGGUGAUGGUAGAGGUGGUGUGGGUUAAGGCUGAAAGUGAGGUAGAGGCUGAGGUGGAGGUUAUGGCUGAAACCGAGGCUGAGGUGGGGAUGGCAGAGGAUGAAGCAGAGGUGGUGGUGGAGAUUAAGGCUGAAACCGAGACAGAGGCUGAGGCCGUGGCAGAGUCUGAGCCAGUAGUGAAGGUAGAGACUGAAGCUGGACCCAAGGAUGCUGAGGAAGGAGAGGCAGAGUGACAUCCAUGGCAGUCGCUACAAGCUGUACGUGACUGACCUGCCAUGACGCUGCUGUGAGAGGAAGUUGACUCAGGAAGAGGAGCGAGCUGAGAAUGAGGGAUCUAAUUGUUGGGAUGGGUGGUUUAGUAGAAGUGUGACACUCCGGCUUACCAGGGUCCUAAUGGGUCAUUUUCUGUGAUGGGGGAGGUGGUCACAUGGGUGACUUACUCGGGCUGACCAACCAGGGAUCACUUUACUAUAACUGGGUUGUGCCUCCCUUUUCUCCAGAUUGUGCACACCCCUGUCCUUUUACCUCUGGAUCUUCCAGCAUCACCUGACUAUGGGCCCCAUCCAGAAACAACCUGUAGUCCCUAUCCUCUAGGCACUUGUGUAGACUUGAAAGGAGUGGAUGGGUGUGAGCAAUGUGGCUAAUAUUCCACCUAGCCUAUCAGAGAGAAUGGCGGAGCUACCACCAUGUUGUCCUGUCUACACCAAGUGUCUACCUAGAGCAGUGGUUCCCAACCUUUUCUGAACCGGGGCAUACCUUGAGUUGAGACAAAUUCUGUGGCACACCUAAAAUGUCCCUAUUAAUUGAUUUUAGUGGAAAUGACCCCCAUUUCACCCUAUUUUCUUUGACAAAUGUUUUUCUUAUAGAUAAAUAGGGUUAAGUUGUGUAUACCCAAGAAUGCCUCGUGACUCCGUGCUAAAAAAAAAAAAAAAAAAAAUGUAGCUCUGGGGAAAUAGGUCAUUCGUUUUGAGCCGUUUUGGUUAGAGAUUAUUGUUUUUUCUGCAUUGUAAAGAUGCAACCACCGACAGUCAUGCUCCCCAUAUUUUUCUAUGGCAGAGGCUGUGGAACAGCUAAGCCUAAUCAGACUUGCCUGUGCUAGUGUUUCUGUCACAGGCAAAGUUUUUAAAAAUGAUGCAGAUGAUUUUGCUCGUGAUGCACAACCCUCAGAUGAUACAAAUGUAACAGCCUGAGCGCACCAGACUUGAAAUGUUUAUGAGUGUUUAAUUAUUAUUUUUUAAAUAAGAUUAGGGGAAAGUUUCAAGUUCCUCAAGGCACACCGGUUGAAAACCACUGGCAUAGAAAUUAGGGGCUAAGGAUUGUUUCUGGACAGGGUCAUGGUCUCAGCCCCUAACCUCUAUGGUUAAGGAUUGAUUCUGGACAGGGUCAUGGUCUCAGCUCUUAACCUCUAUGGUUAAGGAUUGUUUCUGGACAGGGUCAUGGUCUCAGCCUCUAACCUCUAUGGUUAAGGAUUGUUUCUGGACAGGGUCAUGGUCUCAGCUCCUAACCUCUAUGGUUAAGGAUUGUUUCUGGACAGGGUCAUGGUCUCAGCCUCUAACCUCUAUGGUUAAGGAUUGUUUCUGGACAGGGUCAUGGCCUCAGCCUCUAACCUCUAUGGUUAAGGAUUGUUUCUGGACAGGGUCAUGGUCUCAGCCUCUAACCUCUAUGGUUAAGGAUUGUUUCUGGACAGGGUCAUGGUCUCAGCCUCUUACCUCUAUGGUUAAGGAUUGUUUCUGGACAGGGUCAUGGUCUCAGCCCCUAACCUCUAUGGUUAAGGAUUGUUUCUGGACAGGGUCAUGGUCUCAGCUCCUAACCUCUAUGGUUAAGGAUUGUUUCUGGACAGGGUCAUGGUCUCGGCCCCUAACCUCUAUGGUUAAGGAUUGUUUCUGGACAGGGUCAUGGUCUCAGCCCCUAACCUCUAUGGUUAAGGAUUGUUUCUGGACAGGGUCAUGGUUUCGGCCAUGAGCACACAAAUGGUUUGAAUAUCAGUCUUAUAAGCUUAUUUUUUGUUCCAGUGUACUUCUACAUCUUUAUCAUGAUUCUGUCUGCUCUCCUCCUUCAGGGAGUGUUGUUUUUAGCUUUAUUUGCACAAGGUUUUGUGAACGUAAGAGGCUCUCUGAAAACUAUACCAAUCCCCCCCUGCUACUUAUGAUGUCCCUUUGACAACGGGCUGUGCUCGCUGUCCUGUCUUUAACGUCAUUGGUGCCUUUCGCCCCCACAAGUAGUCAGUCACACGUCAUUGGCUGAGAGAGAGCUGGAGAAUGUUCAAAAACGUGUUAAAACUGAAUGUGAGCGUUUCCAAAACCAAAAACAUGAUAUAUCACACCUUUUGUUUAUUUUGCUGAUGUUGAGAAUUUUCUAGAAUCAAAGUUUGUUAUAUUCCUGAAAUGUUCAUUUUGAAAUUAUGCUGUAAAGAUAGAUUCAAAGUUUUAUUUAUUAAAUAGUAUUUUCUCUGUGCUUAACUAUUUUAGAGGGUGGAAGAGAACAAAAGUGAGGUAUGCUGACUUUGACUUUGUUGUUCAAUGCUCUACAAGGAGCAGCAGCUGCCUAUAUCCAACAUUUCUCUUUACUUCUCCAGUUACUUGGAGGCAUGCAAGAUAUCUUGUACUCUGUAUUGAUCAUUCAUUGUUUUCUGUGUAUAAAAUGCCGUAAAAUAAUGUUCUUCGUAAUUAGAUGAUUAUUAUUUUUUUCUUGUGGAUUAGGUUGUGGUGUAUUGUUGAUGGUCUCGAUAAGGGGAUUAUCCAUUGAAAAUGGAUAGAACUGGUUGAGUACGACAGUAUAAUGGUAAUACAUAUUGUACUUUUCAGUUUUAUUUUUUACUUUGCUGUUUGAAAAAAUAAUAAAACGUACUGUUGAAUCUUUA